CGCAGUCAGAGCAGCCUGCGCAGCUGCAGCCAGUCCGAGCUCGCGGUUCUGCGUCUGCCGGCUCAUCAGCGUCUAUUCCCCGCACAGUAAGAGGCGAAGGGGGGCUGGAGGAGGGGGACUGCGACCUCCAUUCCCACGCUGGGAACAUUAUCGACCCUGCCUGGCCUGGUCACGGCCUGAGCACCAAACACACAGGAGGUCGGGAUCAGUGUCCUCAUCCUGACAGUCUGGGGACCGAAGAUGGAAAAAGGCAAGCGGAUUCUGUGUAAAACCAUCGCGUGAGCUCGGGGCGAGGAGGAGGGAGAAGACCUCCCCUGGUGCGGGAGGUGCCCAGGGCUUACGAGGCCUGGGGGCACCAGCCAGUCCGGCAUCUCAGCAGCCACGACCUCGGUUCUUCUCUGACGGAACCAGAAUUAUCGGCUGGCUCAGGGUCUAGCACCUGAAGCAGUGCCCUCUCCUAUCUGAGGAAUCAGGACCUGGCUCAGCGAGUCCCUGGAAAAGCCUGCCUUCCUGCCCCAGCCCUACUGGUGCGGAUGUGCCGCUGCCCACUGGAGCACCAUGAAGUCAGGAUGACCUCAGCCGAAGCAGUUGCUGUGGCUGGAAGUGCCCAGGAGCAUGGCCGUCCCAAGUGGCCUCCUGACAAACCUCAAGUCCUUGGGCAGCCUGCUCCGGCAAGAGUGGUUGUGGCAGCACUGGUGUGGCUGUUGGCAGGAGCCAGCAUGUCAAGUCUCAACAAGUGGAUCUUCACAGUGCAUGGCUUCGGACGGCCCCUGUUAUUGUCAGCCCUGCACAUGCUGGCAGCCGCUGUGGCAUGCCACUGGGGGGCCCAGCGACCCGUGCCCCCUAGCAUCCACCGCAGGGUGCUGUUACUCAGCCUCACCUUCGGGACCUCCAUGGCGUGUGGCAACGUGGGCCUGAGCACUGUCCCCUUGGACCUAGCACAGCUAGCCACCACCACCACACCACUGUUCACUUUGGCCUUGUCCGCGUUGCUGCUUGGCCGAAGACACCAUCCCCUGCAGUUUGCUGCCAUGGGUCCGCUCUGCCUAGGGGCUGCAUGCAGUCUGGCUGGAGAGCUCCGGGCACCUCCUGCUGGUUGUGGCUUCUUGCUGGUGGCCACCUGUCUCCGAGGCUUCAAGUCUGUUCAACAGAGUGCUCUGCUGCAGGAAGAGAGGCUGGAUGCGGUGACUCUGCUGUACGCCACUUCUUUGCCCAGUUUCUGCCUGCUGGCAGGCGCGGCGCUGGUGCUGGAGGCUGGUGCCGCCCCACCGCUGCCUCCCACCGACUCUCGCCUCUGGGCCUGCGUCCUGCUCAGCUGCUUCUUGUCUGUCGUCUACAACCUGGCCAGCUUCUCCUUGCUGGCACUCACAUCUGCCCUCACCGUCCACGUACUGGGCAACCUCACGGUUGUGGGUAACCUCAUCCUGUCUCGGCUCCUGUUCGGCAGCCACCUCAGCGCUCUCAGCUACGUGGGCAUCGCUCUCACCCUUUCAGGAAUGUUUCUUUAUCACAACUGUGAGUCUGUGGCCUCCUGGGCUACCCGCCGGGGGUUGUGGAACAGGGACCAGCCUGGCAAAGGUCUUUGAGACCUGGGAGAGCUCAUGAACUAGACCCGGACAGCCCCAGCCUGAAUCUAACCUCGGACAGUGGCCAUGAGGAAAGCGGAGAGGUGCUAUGUCUGCCAGGGCAGGGGAAGAAGGUACCUUCUGGAAGGGCUGCCUGGGAGGCUACACCAGGGAUCUCAGAGAGACCCACCUCCUGUCCCUGCCUUCCUCACGACUCACAGCAAACCCUGCCACUGGAUGGUGGGUCCAAGUCUGGCACAUGCGCCUGUCAGAUGGAUUGGUGUCAGUGACUAUGAUGAAGAUUGCUGGGCAAACUUAGGAAAACCUCAAAGUGUUAUGAGGAAGACGUUGCCCGGCGGUUGCACAGUCUUUCCUGGGGGCAGGAUGUGAGGGUCACCAGAGAAGGCUUCUUCAUGGCUGGGCUCCCCUAAAGAUGGGGUAGUCUAUGCCAACUUCAGGUAGCUACUGCAGCCUCACUCUGGUGCCUCCUCCCCUGGAUUUGGGUCUUCCAUCCCCAAUAAAGUAUUUUUUCUUGGGACA